AUGUCUAUAGCAAGUCAUUAUCAUUCUCACAAACCAAAUGUUCCAAUUAUAAUUGAGGAUGUUUUUCAAUGGGUAAGAGAAGGUAACACUUUUCAAGUUCGUGUUUGGUUAGAUGAUAAAGAACAUGAUUUAAAUGUUGGAGAUGAUCAUGCAUUUUCAUUACUUCACUGGGCAUCUAAAGAAGGGCAUUUUGCUAUUGUAGAUUUAUUAUUAUCACGUGGGGCACGUGUAAAUGCUACGAAUAUGGGAGAUGAUACUAGUCUUCAUCUAGCUGCAUCACAUGGUCAUAGACAAAUUGUUGUUAAACUUUUAUCUAAAAAAGCAGAUGUUAAUGCUGUUAAUGAACAUGGUAUGACUCCAUUACAUUAUGCAUUAUUUUGGGGAUAUGAUCAAAUUGCUUUUGAUUUAAUAAGAGCUGGUGGUCUUGUUAAUGUAGCUAAUAAAAGAGGUUUAACACCUUUAGAUGUUUGUCAACCACAAAUUUUACAAAUUAUUAAAGAAAUAGCUUCAGAACAUAGACAAGAUAUAAAUGUUAGAAUUCCAUUUAAAGAUGAAUCAUGGAAAGGAACAAAAAGUAGAACAAGAGAUGCAACAUUAUCAAGAUAUACAGGAGUAGAUAUAAAAUCAUUAACUUUAGCAAAACAAAUUUCAUCAGAUCAUUCAGCAAAAAUAUAUUAUGGUAAAUGGCAAGGAAAUGAAGUUGUUGCUAGAGUAUUAAAUAUUAAAAAUGUUACUCCUCGAAUUUCAAGAGAUUUUCAAACAGAAUUUCCUGCUUUACGUAUUUUUGCAAAUGCUAAUAUAUGUCCUGUCUUAGCAUGUGUUAAUCAACCACCUAAUCUUAUUGUAAUAUCACAAUUUAUGGAAUAUGGAUCACUUUAUAAUGUAUUACAUGAACAAACUGCUGUUGUAAUUGAUCAUGCUCAAGCAUUACGAUUUGCUCUUGAUAUUGCUCAGGGAAUGGCUUUCUUACAUACACUUGAUCCAUUAAUAAUGAGAUACUAUUUAUCAUCUAAACAUGUUGUUGUAGAUGAAGAAUUAAGUGCAAAAAUUAGUAUGGGAGAUACUAAAUUUAGUUUUCAAGAGGUUGGAAGAUGUUAUUCACCUGCUUGGAUGUCACCUGAAGCUUUAACAAGAGAUCCUAAAGAUUUAAAUCAACGUGCUGCUGAUAUGUGGUCAUUUGGAAUAUUAUUAUGGGAAUUAGUUUCUAGAGAAGUUCCAUUUGCUGAUUAUAGUGAUAUGUCUCCAAUGGUUGUAGGUAUGAAGAUAGCUCUUGAAGGUUUAAGAGUAACAAUUCCACCAGGAACGGCAAAAUCUAUGGCUAGACUUAUCAAUAUUUGCCUAAAUGAAGAUCCCGGUAGAAGACCUAUGUUUGAUCAAAUUAUUCCUAUUUUAGAAAAAAUGGCAGCUUAA